AUGGAAACCAUUCAUACCCACCCGUCUACUGCCGCACAGGCUAAGGCCUUUACCGCGCCUGGUUCUCUAUCCUUCCCUGGUGGUGCUGGUGAUCUCACUCCGCCCUCGUUCGAUGCCGAGAAGGCGAACGGCCAGAGACCCGUAAACGGCGCUCCUCAGCAGGCUGCAAACGGUACCGGGGUGACUCCCGCCACACCCGCUGCUACGCCUGCGGCUGUCCAAGGAGGAAGUGGGCUGACUCCUACCUUGCAGAAUAUCGUCGCAACUGUCAACCUUGAGUGCCGGUUGGAUUUGAAGACGAUUGCCCUGCAUGCCCGCAAUGCCGAGUACAACCCGAAGCGUUUUGCUGCCGUUAUUAUGCGCAUUCGCGAGCCAAAGACUACGGCGUUGAUCUUUGCCUCAGGCAAGAUGGUUGUCACGGGCGCUAAGUCGGAAGAUGAUUCGAAGCUCGCGUCGCGUAAAUAUGCUCGUAUCAUCCAGAAGCUCGGUUUCAAUGCCAAGUUCAGCGAUUUCAAGAUCCAGAAUAUCGUUGGCAGCUGCGAUAUCAAGUUUCCCAUUAGACUUGAGGGUCUUGCUUCGCGCCAUCACAACUUCAGUUCUUACGAACCUGAGUUGUUCCCUGGUCUAAUCUACCGCAUGAUUAAGCCUAAGAUUGUUCUCCUGAUCUUUGUGAGCGGUAAGAUUGUUUUGACCGGAGCGAAAGUCAGAGAAGAAAUUUAUCAGGCCUUCGAAAUGAUUUACCCCGUUCUGCAAGAUUUCCGCAAGGUCUAG